GUUCCUCGCAACUUAGAGAACUGUCGUCCAUGCUUGUUUAGCGUUAGUAGAGAAAGUGGUUAAGUUUUCAGACAAAUAUGGCAGCAGUAGACGGCGCUGGGUUCAAUUUGGAUGAGGACGUUGGUGCUAAAAUAAGUGGAUUUCGCAAGGAAUACGACAAUGACCGCGAUGGCCGAGAAGAUUACGGUAAGGGACCGUUUUUUAACAAAUGCAGCGAAGAUCGAACUUAGAAAUCCAUACAGACCUUACAGUUUGAUUUGUUGUCUCGAAAUUUUUGUUAAGUUCGGCGUGUUAAAAUGGUUAACGUGAAGUAGAUCUGAUUGAGUAGUUUCACCGAAAAUCCAUAGAAGACUGAAUAACAUAACAAGUCCUAGAAGUGAACGAUCGUUUAACGUUGCUAGAUAUAUUCAUUUUAAUGAUGCAGUUAUAAGCGUUCUGUGUAUGAGCUCGCUUUCAUGUAGUUUUAAGUCAUGUUAAAAUUGAAUUAUCAGAUCAUCUGAUAACAUUAAACUCUUCUUUACUCUUGUAUUUGUUUUAUAUUUCGAUUUUCCUAGUAUAAGUUGAAACUGUCAAAUUAUUUAAUUGUGUUUCUUCGUUUACACUGAUGAGAUGAUCAGUAGAUGAUUUCAGGACCACUUUUAACUAAAGUAACACACAGAGGAGUUGUACAUUUGUAGAUGAGUCAGAAUUUGAAGAAUUAUUUUUAUUUCUUACACAUUCAGAAUUCCAGCUACAGGUAUUUUAAUGAUGCAUACAUCAAGGAUUUAGGAAUCAUACAUACAUUUACAUACGUAUAUAACCGUACACGUUCGGAAGGAGAACAAAUAAUUGAUGGGGUAUACUCGUGUGCUACACUCUUUACAAUGCCUCAGUGAGGAAUUUUAUAUCAUAGCUAAGCAGUGGUAACAAAGAAGAGCGAUGAAAAGCAUGAUGAAAUAGUGAAGUAGAAGUUUUGUGUUUUAGUGGCAAUUUGUGUCUUGUGUUCCUGUAUCCAUCUUUAUAUUGUUGUCUAUACUUGUUGUGCAAUUUUCAGCAUGAAAACAUAACAUUGAUGGAAGUGGAACUGAUAAGUGCCACCUACUCAGUAUCAAAGUAUGGUUAAUCAAAUCUUUUUGACAACCCUGUAUCAGCCAGAAGUUGUUAUAAUCUUCCACUAUGCUAAUGAGUACUUUUUGGAAUCAUGGAAUUCUGUCAAUUUUAAUUGUACCUUUUAUACUUUUAUUAUUUUCUAGGUGACCGCUCAAGAGAUAGAGGUGAUAGAGGCAGAGAUCGACGGCGCAGGUCCAGGUCAAGAUCAAGAAGUCCUAACAGAGACAGAAGAAACUUUGGUGGUGGAAGGGACAGAUAUCGAGGGGGAAACAGGUGAUGUCAUAUACUCUUUUUUAAGGAUAUACUUGUACUUAGAUUUUAAAUAAUUUGAUGUCCAUCUUUUGUAAUUGUGAAGAAACUUUUUGCUUUUGAAUUUUCAUCAAAAUUGUGAACCCACUGCUUUUGUGAGGUUUGACAGGAGUUCUAUUGUAGUUUGCACAUGAGGUGAUGGAUACUCACAGGGUACUUACAGGUUAAGGCACUCAGCAAGUGAAUUAUUGAGAUUCACCAGGAAGCAUUCAUUGUUUGUGAACAAGUACAGGUAAAUCCCAAUAAUUCAUGAACAAUGAGUGCAUUAACAUUUUUAAAUUUAAAUUGAAUACACUGCACAAAGAAACACUUCAUUGAAAACCACUAUACAAAAUGCAAAAACACUUCAACUAGCUUGAAUGAAAAAUGUAAAAUUCACAAUCUUACCUUUCAAAACAUAUAUUCCCCAAGCAGUUGCUUUCUUGGUGUUUUUAGGAAUUCCAUCAUCAUUAAGAGAAUUAAUCUCUGCAUCUGACAAAUUGUCGAACUUUGAGUUAGCCAAAGCCAUGGUGUAAUGACAGUGGUGUGUUGAAUUUACACCAAGGCUAUUACACCACAAUAAUGACAUCAAGGAGUUUGUUUUGUCACAACCAAGUAUCUUGUGGUACUAAUCAGCCAAUCAGAAAAUUGGAAUUCAUACAGUGUAUGAAAGUUGAAUGAUAAAUUUGUUUUUUUUUGACAAAAUUUAUUUUUAACCCUAUUAUUAACUCCUAGAUCAAAUUUUUAAUUCUCCUUACUGUUAAACCAUACAAUUCUUGUAAUGUUAGUUUAGAGAAUUUGGGAUUGGAUUAACUAAUUAUCCCCAAAUUGAUAUUUUUCUUUAUUCUCAUCACUUACCUAGUUGAUAUUGUAUUAAUAUUGUAAGGAGAAAUUCUGUCUUGGUCACUCAUGGGAGCUAAAGGGUUAACAGAAUUUAUAUGCUUUUAAUUUUUCUUUUUAGGUCCCCCUCACCACCACGGAGAAGGAGAAAGAGGUAAGAAUCAAAGAGUUAAAUUUUCUAGUGUUACAGGUAUACCAAGUGUUACUGUUGUCACAUAAGUUCCAUAUUGAUUUUCAUUCAUGUCUAAGGCUGUAUACUGUAUAGUUUGUUGUUUACUCUUUCUGAUUUUGUUCCUGGUGUAAUGUAUCUUACAUGUAUAUUUUCUUUUGAAGGGAAAGCUUAUGGGACAGGCCUCCAAUUGGAUAUGAGCAUUUGACACCUGCACAGUACAAGGCUAUGAGAGGUAAAGUAACACUUCAAGUGAACAAUUAUUAUUGAUUUUUACAUUAUUGCAUUAGAUCCAACGAACAAUAUAUAUUAGCUCUGCUAAAAAUUAAGUGUUGUUUUAUGUAGAACUCUUUUGUGAAUCUGAUAGGAAUUUAAAAAAUACUGGUUGAACAAUACUAGAAUAAGAUCAAACAUAAGUUGAGGUUGGUGCUGUAGACAUGUUGUCCCUACUACUACAGCUACAAUUAUCAAUAAGGAUUCAAAGUAUUCUCUGUUUUCAAUGUUAGUCACUGAACAUGCAUGUACAACCAAAAUAAAGCAACUUUCUCCAGACUUGACUUGUAAUUUUUGUCUAUUUCUUUUCAAAGAAUUGUUUUCCAAAAUUUGAGUCGCCAAACUCAUGGUGAAGCUUAUCUGCAUUCAUGGCUUAUAGUACUUUCAGUGUUUGGGAUUGUUUAGGUUAUCUUUUAAAAGUUCUUGUUUAUUUGUUGUCAAUCAAAAUAGCUGCUGGUCAGAUACCAGUCAAUGCAGGUGGUCCAGUCCCAGGGGGCACCGUCAGCAGUUUGCCGCAAGGAAGUCAGAUGACAAGACAGGCUCGUAGAUUAUAUGUUGGAAACAUUCCUUUUGGUAUAACAGAGGUGUGUUCUGCAUGAUUAUAGCUGUAGUUUCCUUAGACGUGGAACCCUUUCACUCCCAAGAUCAUUCACCUAAUUCUCCUUACAGUCUGUUCUACAACUCUUAUGGUAUUGGUUUGAAGAAUUUUGUAUUGGAUCAACUAAUAAUCCCCUAAUUGAUACUUUUCUCUAUUCUCAUCUCUUACCCGCUGAUAUUGUAUUGUUGUUGUAAGGAGAAAUUCUGUCUUGAUCAUUCAUGGAAGUUACACAUGUAAAGGGUUAAAGUUAAAACUCUAUUUAAUUACUUGUACAUGUAGAGUGAAGGUGUGGCAGUUGUGUUUUAUGGCUUCAUUUUUUGUAUUUAUUGAUUUUUUUAUUGAUCACAUACAAGCAAUUUAGCAAUUGAUAAUAAAAUAAACUUGAAACAUUUAGCUAAAGGUACUAGUAAACUUUUUUUUUUUAUGAGUGGGAAACAGUAGGAGUAUUUAAGUGGUCUCAGACCUUCCACUCCACCCACAUGUACUAUAGUUUCCUCUUUUCUUUCCUAUUUUCCUUUUUAUCAAUUUUUUUGUUUUUCCCCUUUGCUUAUUUGAUUUUUAUUUUGAAUUUGUUACAAUGACCCAAUUUGGAAAUAUGAAUGAACUCUGACUUGGGGUGGCUGCAUACAAUAUUUAUACAAGUGUUGAAAAAUAGAAAUUGUUAACAGAUAAUUCUCUUCCCCAACCUGAUUUUCCAUUUUGAGAGCUUUGAAAGUACUGACACGUGGCAGUUGAAGUAAACUUGUCAUGUAUUUUUAUCUCCAAUACCCUGAUACCCUGUAUUCCUUCUUCAAACAUAGAACCUGAUGAUAGAAUUCUUCAAUGCCAAAAUGCAAGAGGCCAAGUUAAACACAGCACCAGGAAACCCUGUCAUUGCUGCACAGAUCAACUUGGAGCAAAAUUUUGCCUUUAUUGAGGUACAUUGUUAUGGUCUUGUUUCCUUUUUGGGUAUUUGUUUGUUUGCUGGCAUUUGUGUAUUUGAUUGGGACCACAGAUACAUGUAUCAGUGGUUUGAAAUUGAAGUUGUCAUCAGCCAAAAGUGAUAACAAAGGAAAAAUAGCAGAGGAAAAGGCUACCACUGCUGGCCAUCUUUCAUCAAAUUUUUGCCACAUAACCUUUAUUGUUAACAUCUUUUUGUCAAUCCUGUCUUUGUUGUUGCUGGGGGAGGUGGCUUUGAUUAGAUCUUGUUAUGUUUUGAAUGUAGAAUGCACUUGUGUGGUAUGUGUAUUUAAUUUAAAGCAUACAAUAUAUUCUGCAGUGUUAACUCAUUUGUUGUUCUCCCAAACUUACCAGCUUCGUUCAGUUGAAGAGACCACUCAAGCUAUGGCUUUUGAUGGAAUUAUUUUAGAGGUACAGUUCAGAAAGUGUUGUAGUUUGGUCUUAGCAAAUCUAAUGUCAAUGAACACGAGUGGAAAGAAUUUGACUACUGUAACUAUUAAUUUAAUGGUUACUUUAAAGGGAAGAUAAAAAUCACUCUAUUUCCUCAAAUAAGUGCCCAUCCCUUAGGCCAUAACAUCAAACAAGCACUCCUCUCAAAUAAGCACCCCCCUUCUUCCCUCACUUUCCUUUUUUUAUCAGCACUCCAUUUACAUUUUUUUAGCUUCAAUUACAGUGGAAUCAGGUUAAUAGUUUCUUAAUGAGAACCCCCUCAAUUGAGUGCCGUUCUUUCAAUAAGCACCUGGGGCUUAUUCAAAGAAAAAAAGAGUUUCAUUUAUUAAGAAAGACUAUCUUGUUACACUGUACCUGUAGUUUACAGAAUCAAUAAUAUUUUAGUAUAUUUGACAUUUUGUUUGAUUGUUAUAUUUUAGGGCCAAUCAUUGAAAAUUAGAAGGCCUAAGGAUUACCAACCUAUUCCAGGAAUGUCAGGUACUGUGGUCAUAUGUUUAUUUUUCUUUUUAAUUUGCAUGUUUGUGUCUGUACAGUUUAAGUCUUAUUUUCUUUAAUCAAGUUUUCUCCUGUGUUUGACCUUUUAAUUACUUAAACUUAUAAUGCAGACACAACAAAGGGGCUAGCACAAGAGUGGUUAAAGACAUGCUAAAGCACAAGAGAAAACAUUGUUUUCUUAAUGCUGGUUUGUGGUGUGUGUGUUUAAAUGUACUUGCACAUGUCUAGCAAGCUAGCGAGAGCAGCCAAUUGUUGCUUGCUUCACUGAUGAAGAGCAUGCUUUUGGCAGCUUUCUAUACAUGAAACCAGCCAUUAAGAAGAUCACUCAUCCAGAGAGCUUGAAGCAUACUUGUUAUAGUUCCAAUUUUUUGCAGGCAUACUUGUAUGUACAAUUCAGGAUGUUAAUCUUUUGCUCAUAUUUUAAUGGUUAAUAUUCUCUGUUUCUUCAAGCAAGUACAGCAUUUCCAGAUGCUGACACCCAAUUUUUAAUUCUACAGAAACAGCCACAAUUCACGUGCCAGGUGUUGUUUCAACUGUUGUGCCUGACUCUCCACACAAGAUUUUCAUCGGAGGUUUGCCAAACUACCUUAAUGAAGAUCAGGUAAGAUGUAUGGGAUGCAUAGGAACUAAGUUGCAAGGGAGUGGAAGUGUGUUGACAAAAUUGUCGAAAUGAUAGGCAUUAUAACUGAAUAAAGGUUACAAAAUCUUGUGAAGGUUCUCUGUCAAUUAGACUCAGCUGAAGUGCAAAAAAUUUGAUUGGGAUCCAUUAGAAAAAUUUUUACCGUGCAGCCGUGUCAUCUUGAUACAUUUGAUGCCACACUGCAAUGGCUUAAAUGUGUCAACUCUCUGCCCUUAGAAUGCAGGAUUCUUCAAGAAUGAAAAAGAAAAAAAAAACUUUGGUAGAAUAUUUGGCAGCUCCAAAAAGGAAGCAAAUUAACUCCUAAAGACAAGAAAAUUUCUCUCAUUGGCAGGAAUAUCAUAGCAACGAACUAAUGCCAAAAUUCUACUUUUGUUUUUUCAGCAAUUGUGUUUCAGCCUUUCUAUUUUUUUUUUAGAUCAACAAUUGUGAACCAUCUUCGGCUUACGAAAGACUCCACUCGCAACACACUUCUUUUUCAGCAAUUUCUUUUUUUAGAUGCUGUGUUCAUGUAGACAAGACAUGAAUAGAUUUUCAAUCAGAAUAGCAAUUAUGACCAGUCUUUGUUUAAUUUGCAGCAGAAUAAAUCUAAGAUCAGAUCUGGUAACAGACAUGAAUAAUGACUGAUCAAAACAAUGCUUUUAGGCUACAAGAGAAUUUAAAUUAAGAGUUAAUAAGUGGAAUGAGAGACGCAUUUGUCUUCCUAUACUAUCAUCUGUCAUCUCAAGAGUAGUGGUCAUGUUAGGGUAGAACCAAAGUUGUGUUCCAACGACAACCUUCAUUGUAGAUCUUGUAAAUACAUGUACAUCCCUUUCUUAGCAUACCGCACUUAGUUGUAGGUCUCAGGAAUUCAAGUUUAAAAGGUGUUCUAUACUUCUGUGGCUCUCUCCAAGUACUUGUGAGUCAGGAAAUGAUACUGUGGCUUCUGAUGAUGGGUUGCAUGCCUUUGUGUGAUCAAUGUCAGAAGCUUCUUCCUCUGAUAAGAACUUGGAAGAGCUUCAGUUUUUCAAUAUCCAAAGUCAGCUCCCUGGUGUAGCUUUCACUUUAAUUCCCCAGGAGUAGGUGGUUUUUGAAUUUAAAUCAGUUUUAAAUGAAGAGACACUGACAUUUUACGCUUUUAUUUCCCCCUCAUUUGAUCCCUAGCUUAGGGGGGCCUAAAUUGGUCAUCAAAACUGGCUAAAGGCAAGUUCUUCUGCAUCAAUUGUGUGGAAGGAGGGAUUGAUGGAGAGUGAUGUAUGCACUGCGGAUGUGUCUUUAAAAUCACUUAGGCGGGAAUGAGACACCUACAGCUGUAAACUGUGGAGCAUGAAACAAAUUGAAAGAAUUUGGUUUUUUUUAUCAUUUGAUAUUAAAAUUUGGCGACAGAAAAAGCUGACAGAGGUGUCUUAAGACUGUCUACCUUAAAGUGGCUUUGAAGUUGAAGGGUUGUUCUUUGUUGCAGAGCACAUGCAAUUUAGAACGAUUUGAUAAGCAUUGAAGCACUGGCAUUUUCCACAAGUGUUCCAAUUGUGUCAAAUUUUAUCCAUGUUCUCUUGAACUGUUCGGUUCUGAUGUGACUCAAAUUUAAUGGUGAUGUUGAAGUGCCAAGAAAGUGCACAGUACAGUGUAUAUGGAGUACUUGUGUAGCAUAGCAGCAACUAAUGCAGCAUCCAAAGUUUCAAUUCCAAAGCUUCCCUGUCAAAUCAAAGCCAUUUUCAACUUUGUUGCUGUCUUAUUGACUGAAAUUUCAUCUUGUUACACCACAAUUUAGCACCUUGCUUCUUGUGCAUCUUGAUAUGAGUUUCAAACAAAAGCUUGAAGUAUGGUGUUACGUUUGGGUGUGUAUGAUGUCUUAGAAGUUGUCAUGAUGCAAGGUAGUCUGACCAGACAGUGCUCCAUGUAAGAAGCAAACAGAUUUCCCGCCCCUCAAAAAAAAAAUGAAAAAACAAAUGAAUAAACACAAUGUACACAGUUUUAGCUUCUACUGGUCUGACUGCCUUGAUAUCCACUACUAUGUGGUUUAGUAAAACAUUUUUAUAUUUUUUUAACCAAAGUUGCGACCAUCUCCCUUCUUUCUGCAGGUUAAGGAGCUGUUGGCAUCAUUUGGUGAGCUCAAAGCCUUUAAUCUUGUAAAAGACAGUGCAACAGGCCUCUCAAAGGGUUAUGCUUUCUGUGAAUAUGUGGAUCUGAACAUUACAGAUGUGGUAAGUGGCUUGUAGUACUGUACAUUGACUGAUACUUUGGAUAUGGUAGAGAAAUGAUGGCAGUGCCCAACUUUGUCGACUCUGAAUUGUUUUGUUGUACGUUUAAAAUUCAUGAACUGUUUCUUUCAAUGCAGGCUAUCACUGGACUCAAUGGUAUGCAGCUUGGAGAGAAGAAGUUAAUUGUUCAGAGAGCAAGUGUGGGAGCCAAGACCAACAUGAAUAAUGUAAGGAGGGAGAUAGAGUAGGAGUGAAGAACUAGCUGACUGACAGACAGAUGGAUUAAUCAACUGAAUCACUUUGAAUCAAAUGGUCCAAUUUUUUUUUUUUUACCUUUUUUAUCCUCCAGCCUGAUGCAAUAAACAUGAUUCCAGCCCAGAUGCAAAUACCUGGUCUUGACCUGUCAGCCAAUCUACACAACAGUGCUACAGAAGUUCUGUGUCUAAUGAACAUGUUGGACAUAGAAGAACUCAUGGAUGACGAGGAAUAUGAAGGUAACAAAAAUGUUAAAAGAGGAAGAUCCCUUAUCAAAGUUAUGUUGAUAGAACGUCAAAUUCUCAUAGUAACUAUCAGGGGGCAGAGAAUUAUAUUUUCAUCUCGUCACAUGCGCGGAAAGCAAAGUUCUGAGCACCCACGAGGAAUCGAAUCUCAGAGCUUCGGAUUCGGUGCUGCGAUACUGUGCCGCUGCGCCACUGAGUCUUAACGGUGUUCUGGGUCAGGUGGUAAAUUUUUUAACUUGGUAAUUAAUUUCCAUCAAAGGAUAUCCACUGUGACAGUAAGGAGGGGUCCCAUGUUCAAUUUAAUACCAUUGAUUAUGUUCUGUGCGGUAGAAAGCUCUGUGUAGUUCAAAAAAGAAUGAAAAACCUGGCAGAUUUUUUUGCAUGUUCAAAUUCCAUAAUGCUUACCGAUGAAAGAUUUUUCGUUUAUGGCAGAAAUGGUUAAAUGGUCUCUCUUUUGUUUUAUCAUCCAGAAAUUUACGAAGAUGUUCGCGCAGAAUGUUCAAAGUAUGGCACAGUCGUCAGCCUUGAAAUACCAAGACCUGUGGAAGGUUUUGAACCACCUGGCUGUGGGAAGGUAAUUACUUGUAGCAUGACGUACCUUUUCGAUUGGCCAGUUUAUCCGUAAUGGUUACAACCCGAGAUGGUCUUAAUGUACGUCACCUUCGUCCUGUUAUCAAAUGACGUUUUCACAGCUUUUCUGCGUAAUGGUCUGUGGGCUUUUUUCCCCUUCUCCUUAACCUUAACCUUAACUGUAAUAUUCAUAUUCUCUUCUCUGUCCUCUUUAUAUUUCUUAUGAGACUGACAAGGAGAAUUUGUUUGACAAUCAGGAGUUUGUUGAAUUGGUGAUCGUUUCCUUUAUUCGCAAGGAUCAACAUUUGAUUCAGUGAUACUGUAAAGAGAAAGUGGAAGCCAGUCGCUUUUAGGGGAUGAAAGGUCCAUGUUUUUGUUAGGGGAUAUACAUAUUUUUUUUCAUGGUUAAGUUGCUUCACACUCUCCUCCCGUUCCUGCCAGCACCCAAGAGUUCAAUCCUGCAAAGCGCCCGUUAGAAAUUUGUAACUGACGGACAUUUCAUUUGAAGAAAGGCCGGGAACGCUAAAUCUUACAUGAGUGGUCCCCUUUUGCGUUGGUGGGGUAAGGUAGAAACGUCCGUUAGAUCAUGAGAGAUAGAGAAUAACCAAGCACAAGUAAUGUAAAGUGCAAGAUUGAAGAGGUAGUUAUUUUAGUCUCUCCUAUAGCUGUAGGUGUGGAAGGGUUAAUAUUGGUAACUUCCUGCCUCAAAUAAGACUGACUGAGUUUAUUCUCUUUCAGAUAUUUGUGGAAUUCGGGUCAUCAGACGAUUCUAAGAGCGCUGCCCAGGCCCUGGCCGGCCGCAAGUUUGCUAACCGAGUGGUGGUGACGUCAUUCUACGCUCCAGAAAUGUAUCAUAGGAAGGAGUUCCAUUAGUUGAUGACGUCAUACUGCCGUAUAAAGCUGAACCGAUAGUUCGACACCCUGUCCCUUUGAUAAUAUGAAGUCUUUUUGUUUUACAACUCUUGUUUUAGAGUGCUUUUCGAUCAAGCUUCUUAGAGCCAAAGACCAAACUACAACAGCCUAUCCGAAAAUGAGAAAUAUCGAGUUGUAGCGGGUUUUAGUUUUACAUCUGAUCGAUGUGCAUUUAGGAACACAUUUGUUUGCUUAAGUUUGAAGAGAAUAAUACAACACUUUCAAGAAAGAGAAAAGUUCAAGGCUGAGAAGUUGAACUUCGACAGAUGCAAUUUUGUAUAGGAAUGCGAUCGAUGGCUUUUUAAAAAAAAAAAAUCCUUGCAGUUCAAUCGGCUAAGUAUAAUUAACAGAUUAACUGUGAAGCUAGAGUUCGAAAAGUGCUAUUGACUUUCACCAAGUGAGUUACGUUUUUCUUUAGAAAGCGCUAUCUUCUAGUUUCUUUUGCAGACGUUUUCUUUAUAAUUUAAUGGCCACCCCCGUGAAGUUUUUAUAACUGACAUCUACUGAAGCUCAGCAAGAAGCAGCGAAACCUAAGCAAGCGGAUGGUUCAUAUGUUCCUGAAGCAUGUUACGAUGUGUCGUAUGAUCAUGUUUUUAACUCGUAUGCUGAUUUGUUGAUGUGCUUGGAAAUACAACAUCAC